AUGAGGGUCUUCUCCGUUGGGUUGGUGACGGCGACGCUGCUGUUCGCCUGGAGCGAUGCCAAUGCCAGGAUAGCACCAAAGAGCAGGUUUAUCGGUUUUCGUCAAGUGACACUGAACCCAGAUCAGGCUCAAACCUACCCCAGUGGUGGUGUUGGUCCCCGUCAGGUGACACUGAACCCAAAUCAGGCUCAGACCUACCCCAGUGGUGGUGUUGGUCCCCGUCAGGUGACACUGAACCCAGAUCAGGCUCAAACCUACUCCAGUGGUGGUGUUGGUCCCCGUCAGGUGACACUGAACCCAGAUCAGGCUCAAACCUACCCUAGUGGUGGUGUUGGUCCCCGUCAGGUGACACUGAACCCAGAUCAAGCUCAGACCUACUCCAGUGGUGUUGGCCCGCGCAUGGAAGUGGCACCACAACAUUCCAGUCAAAGAACUACCCCAGUAACUACCCUGGUGGCAAGAAGGUGCACAUGGAAAUUCCGCACUUCUGUCGAUUCAAAGUUGAGCAUCCAGUGUGACGAUUUCAAUCUGCAACAGUCGAGACAAUGCAAAAAGGAUUUCUUCCGGGUCACGGAUUCCUCUGGUUUUAAACAAAAAUACUGCGGUGCCAAGGGUUCUCUGAGCGUUUCUGAUAAAUCUAGGAGAGUUACUGUUUUGUUCAAAACAAACAGGAAGAAAUCUAAUACAGGAUUUUCCUGUUCUGUCAGAGCUUCAGUGCCAGACUCCCAAACAACAACUGUAGACCCUCAGCCAACUUCGGAAUGCACUGGAUGUGGACAAGUGAACCGUGCCAACCGCAUUGUUGGUGGAGUAGAGACAGAGGUGAACGAAUAUCCCUGGAUGGUGUCUCUUGUCAACGGCAAUGGAUACUAUCACUUCUGUGGCGGUUCUAUCAUCUCCAGUCAAUGGGUCGUCACUGCAGCUCACUGUGCAGCUAUCAUGAGCACCUCGGAUUAUGUGUUGGUGGGAGACCACAAUCUGUACUCAUCAAGUGAUGCCAAUUCUCAGUGGAUGCAAAUUGCUGAAAUUGUGAGUCAUCCGUCCUAUGAUUCAAAUACACUGGACAACGACAUUGCCCUCAUCAGACUUACCACAGAAAUACAGUUCCCAUCUGACAACAAAAUCGCCCCUGUGUGCCUUCCAACAGCUGGUGAAAUGUAUGAUAAUGUGGAUGCCACAAUCACCGGAUGGGGAGCUCAACAGGAGGGAGGAUCCACAUCCGGUACCUUGUUCGAAGUAACAGUGCCCACCAUGACUAACACCGAAUGCAAUAACAAAUAUGGAGGAAGCAUUACUGACAACAUGAUCUGCGCAGGCAUUCCUGAGGGAGGCAAGGACUCCUGUCAGGUAUGUUUAUUCUAUAAAAUAUAA